UAAACAGACAGGCGGCUAAAACGGCUGAAGGAGAACGGCAGUGAAAAGCAGGAAAAGCAGCAGCAGCAGCCGUGCAACCGAAGGCAAAACAACAACUCACCAGCGAGUUCCCACGCUGCUGCUCAGUCAGUUGAACUUUGACCACGACGGUAACGGGUUCGGUGCGGCGGUGCAUUUUUUCAAGCGGUUUUAAUCGUCAACCUACGCGGCGUAUGCGCAACGUGAUCGAAUUUUCAUGCUGAAACAAUAAAUGAUGAAUUCCAUGUGUGCUGGCAUAUGGCUGCCACGUGCCCCCAGCUAAAAUGUGACUAAAGGAUUACAAGAGCAAGGCUAAAAAACACAAAAAUAAAACAAUGCAUAACAACGCAACAUAAAAAAAACGCUUAAUUAAAACAUGCAAAGUUAAUUGCAAAUGGCGCUUAGCAAUGUGGUCACUUAAAAUGUGCAUAAAUCAACGCAGGAAUUGCAUUUAAUUAAGUUUGGAAUAACAAAAGGAAACAUAACAGAAAUUCCAAAUAGUGUGGGCCAAAUAACAAAAACAAAAACCAAAUAAAAAACAAUUAGAACCGGAGGAAAACGUUUCAAUUAAGGCAAUGUCAUCCAAUUGAGAUCCAAGUGCAGUAGUGACAAAUUAAAUGAAAUUAAAGCGCUGAUCAAAAUUCAAUCACAAAUGCAAAACAAUUGACAGCAACAAUAACAACAACAACACAACGGGGUAAAAUAAAGUGUAACAACAACAAAAUGCCGGCAUCAAGUGGAUUAUAUCGCAUCAAGAAUGGUCGUGUCCUUGACAGGCUGCAAAAACCCACGGCACUUAUUUUUAUUAUAGCAUACAUUGCGGCAUGCGGCGUUUGCGACCACACAGCAUCAGCCACGCCAGCCGAGGGCGGAGGAGGAGGAACAGCCGGAGGAGGUGUAAGCAUUGGGAAAACAGAAGCCUCCACCGUAGCGACGCCGGGCAGUGAGCCAUCAGUACGGCAUAUAAAUCAAAAUUUAAUUAUGUCACAGUCGAAGGGGGGCGAACCGGUGCCCGUGCCCCAGCCGUAUGCCCAAAGUGCCGCAACCGGCGGUGGCAGCAGCAUCACCAGCUUCGACUCGACCAACGUGAUCGAUGGCCAAAGCCAUAGCCAAAGCCAAAGCCAGCCCAGUCAGCCGACACACCUGCAGGAGCCGGUGCUACAGACGCAUUCUCAUUCCCGGAUCCAGGCCAAAGAUACGGCCGGACCAUAUCCCAUACCAAUUCAUCGGCCAGAGCCUGUGGAGAACCAUCUGGAGGCCACCAAUGGCAUUGAGGGCGGCAUGGAAAAUCUCUUUGGCACGCCCAUGUACUUUGGCACCGAGAACUCAACGGUGGUGACCACCCAGAUCGGAGCCACUGCCCACGUUCCCUGCACCGUCCAUCACAUCGGCGAGGGGGUGGUAUCGUGGAUACGCAAAAAGGAUUAUCAUCUGCUUACGGUCGGCUUAACAACGUACAGCAGCGAUGAGCGGUUCAGUGCCACGCACUUGAAGCAUUCCGAGCAGGAUUGGACACUGCAAAUCAAAUUCGUGCAGCUACGUGAUGCCGGUGUCUACGAGUGCCAGGUGUCCACUCAUCCGCCCACCUCGAUUUUCCUGCACCUGAGUGUCGUCGAAGCCCGCGCCGAGAUCACGGGCCCUCCGAUACGAUAUUUAACACCAGGAUCAACGCUGCGCCUGCAAUGCCGCGUGGUGCAGAAUACCGAGGCCUCGGAGUAUAUAUUCUGGUAUCACGACAACCGCAUGAUUAACUAUGACAUUGAUCGGGGCAUUAAUGUGUCAACGGAGCCAGACUUUCAAUCAUCGGAGCUUACCAUUCAGCGGACACGACGCGAACACUCGGGAAAUUUCACAUGCGUCGCCAGCAACACGCAACCGGCCAGCGUUCUGGUGCACAUCUUCAAAGGCGACAAUCCGGCAGCCAUGUAUCACGGACAUGUGGGCGGCUCCACGAAGACAAUGCAGUCCCAGCUGCAUAUGAUUAUGAUAAUCAUUGCCAGCGGCUAUCGGAUAUUCCACACGAGUGUAUAUAUGAAGAUCGUGUAGAUGGCUUAAAUGGAGUAGCAGGGACAGCACAUCUCCCCGAGGAUAGCAUUUGUAACUAUGUUCAUCAGCUGGAGAAGCUCGAAGCUGGUUAGUCAGCUGGUUAGUCAGCCAGUCAGCCAGAGACGCCACCCACUCAAAAAGGAGCCCCUAAUCUUAAAUUAGUUACUUCUUUAACUAACUAACUUGCUCCCAAAACCAACAUACAUACGUACUAUAUACCAUACACCUAAAGCCAAAACUAUCAGACAAAAGCGAAUCAAACUUAAGAACUCUAACUCUCUCUACAUACAUAGCAAGGUGUGCAUGUAAAGUAAGGUAUACAACACUCUCCUUUUAUAUGUAUCCGUGUGUCCGUGUGUGUGUGUUUCGUUAAUGUGUAAGUGUCAUACUUAGCCACAGGAUGCAGCCUAUGCCGCACAUGUAUUAUAUAUAAAGGAUAACUUUGCAGACUACUAACUACCAAAAAGGAAGAAAAGUGCAAAGAGAGAGAGAAAGAGAGAGAGAGAGAGCCAGGCAUAUAUAUAUUUGAUGACAUUUCAAGGAUCUCAAAAGUAAGCCCAGUAAAAUCGUAGUUUUCGAUCCUGAAAAUGCCAGCAAAAGCUCAAUAUUAAGAACUGACAUGCAUUUCCAAUCUAGAAUUCAUAUUUUUACAAGUCCCAGUCUAUGAUUAAGAACUUACUUUCAGACACACUCAAUCAUUUGGCUCUGAUUUAUGCUGCAUUGUACAGACAACCACUUAACUGAUUAAAAUGGAUUUAGCUAAAGGAAUUUCGGUUUUACUCGAGAAACUGCUCUUCGACGAAACUCUCAGAAUUAAGCUGUAAAUAAAUUAUUUGUUAAAACUAAAUUACAUAAAUAAACUAUUACGUUUAAGAAAAUGGCAAACGGUUAUUUGCAGGAUGUGCAAACAAAUUUAGGAGAUUGCAGAGUAAGCUAAAGUUUAUAAGAAUUGCAGCAUUUUUGGCCAGGAAGUUGUUAAUCAAAAAGUGGAAAACCAAAAAACAGAAAACGAUAAGCGAACAUAGUAAUCAAAAUAAACUAAUUGUCUAACUUAAGGAAUACUUAGCAAUUUUUAAUUAGUGGACAUAACUUUUAACUGUCUUAGCAAUGUGCAAACACAAAAAAAAAAAGAAAAAUAAGUGAAAAGAAAAACAUUGGCAACUUACUGAGAAAAUUGUGGAAAGCUUCCAAUGAUUGUGUGUAAAUAUCGAUUUGUGCAGCUGCAGAAAUAAUUUCUAGCCCCUAAGUCUGUGUAGUUAAAUGUAACGAAAAUUACCAAAAAAAAAAAAAAAAAACACAAAAAACAGAGAAAACCAUCAUGAGAAAAACUGAACAAAUAAAACAUAAUAAAAUUAUGCAAAAUACAAAAACCAGGCACUUGGAGUCUUGAUUAAUGCGGGAAGUUGGAGUGGUGUUUCUUCGUUUUUUUUUAACUUUCCCGCGUGGUAAAGCAAUUUCCAGGCGCCAUCUGGGGAACAAAGCAGUUCAUUUCAUCGCUGUGCUCCUUGACUCGGCUUUCUUGAGUUAAUAAAACCAAAUUGUGUGUCGGGGAAUGACGAGAGAUGAAAACAACGAUGGCCAUGGAGAUGGAGAUGAAGUUGAUGGCCCUACUCGGAGUGACACUUGAUCCAUGUCCUUCGGUUUCGCUUCGGAUUUCUGCAAUGCAUCCUUCACAGCUCCAACAUGAGUGACUCGAAGGGAACCCGAGAACACCCAGCUAAUUAAGUUUAAAAUUGCAGCCAAUUUUCGGACCACAGAAAACUUUUGCCCUUCAAUGGAAGUUUGAUUUGUUGCUAAUUUCAUUUUUGUUGAAUUGCGAAAUUGCGAAACCCAGUUUAAUGAACUGCCCCAAACAGAGUGCAGAUUAGCUGUUCGAAAACUUGGCUU